UCUCUCUCUCCCCAUUCCCUCACUCCUUCCCAGUCCCUCUGAAAUAUUUUGCAACCUUCAAAAACUGUAAUAACUAAUGCAAAAUAUGUCAAUCUUGCUAUACCAUUGCUAAAUCGUGCAGAAUGUGCAAAAAUAAACUCUAAUUGAUUAAAGGCUUUUAUGAGAAAGAGCUAGAGAGCGAGCGAGAGAGAAAAGGAAAAAGAGAGAGACGCACCGAUGUGACGGAGCAUUGGCAGCAGCAGCAGCAGAGUAAGCGUACUAGGAAAGGAUGUUGUGCGCGCGCUGGCAGACCUGCCUCUUGAUGGUUCUGUAGUUAAGAGGUAAAGUCGAAGCAGCUGGAAUUAUACCACGCUGCACCGAGGCACCAUCGGAGUUAUUUUCACUCAAAGACUGAGGAUAUACAGAAGCCUGGAUAUCUGUGGCGAGCAAGGUGGAAAUGUCAUCUCUGGCCAUUGCCUUCAAUCUCACCGUGCUCGGCGUCCUCAGUACUGCGCUAGCGGCCAGUCACUAUAACUGUGAUGGCCCUUUGGUAUCAAAUCUGCUUCAGGCCUCCUUUGAGAGGUCCUCGCAGUCCUCCAUCAGUAACGCUCCACUCUUCGCCAAACUCAACAGACGAGAUGGAGCGGGAGGCUGGUCUCCCCAGGUGACAGACAGAGAGCCUUGGCUGCAGCUGGACCUCAGGGACAGGAUGGAGGUGACGGCCGUCGCCACACAGGGGCGCUACGGAGGCUCAGACUGGGUCAGCGGCUACCUGCUGCUGUUCAGUGACACUGGCCGAGCCUGGAAGCAGUACCGACAAGAAGACGGGGUGGGGAGGUUUGUGGGGAACGUGAACGCUGACGGUGUCGUCCACCACAAGUUGUCCCACUCUAUUAGAAGCCGCUUCCUGCGCUUCGUCCCCCUGGACUGGAACCCCAGUGGCUGGGUGGGACUCAGAGUGGAAGUCUACGGCUGUGCCUACAAAUCGUACGUGGCAGACUUUGAUGGCAGAAGCUCGCUGCUCUACCGGUUUAACCAGAAGUCCAUGAGCACGGUGAAGGAUGUGAUCUCGCUGAGCUUCAAGAGCCGCCAGGCUGAGGGGGUGCUGCUCCAUGGAGAGGGUCAGAGGGGCGACUACAUCACACUGGAGCUGCACCGGGGCAGGCUGGCUCUCUACCUCAACCUGGAUGACACUACGCUGCGGUUCAGCAGUGGUCGUGUUGCGGUCACUCUCAGCAGUCUUCUGGACGACCAGCACUGGCACUCUGUCCUCAUCGAGCGCUUCAACAAGCAGGUCAACCUCACCGUGGACACCCACACACAGCACUUCAGGACCAAGGGGGAAGGAGACUCCCUGGAGGUGGACUAUGAGCUCAGCUUUGGGGGCAUCCCACUGCCAGGUAAGCCUGGUACCUUCCUGAGGAAGAACUUCCAUGGCUGCAUUGAGAACCUCUACUACAAUGGGAUCAACAUCAUCGACCUAGCCAAGCGACGCAAGCCUCAGAUCUACAGCGUGGGCAAUGUGACCUUCUCGUGCUCUGAGCCUCAGCUGGUGUCCACUACCUUCCUGAGCUCCAGCAGCAGCUUCCUGUCGCUCCCGGCCACGCCGUCUGCUUCGGGGGGCUUCGCAGUGCGUUUCCAGUUCAGAACGUGGAACCCAGACGGGCUACUGCUCUCCACCCGGCUGGCCCUGGAGCCCCAGAGACUGGAGCUGCAGAUCAGUAACAGUCGGCUGGCCCUGGAGCCCCAGAGACUGGAGCUGCAGAUCAGUAACAGUCGGCUGCGCCUGACCCACCACAAGUCAGCCCAGCAGAAAGAAGAGGUCUCCACCGGUCACAGAGUGAAUGAUGGACUGUGGCACUCUGCGAGUCUCAGUUCCCGCGGUCUCCAGGUCACCAUGACUCUGGACAACGAGCCGUCCUCAACUAUGGAGCUGGGAGACCACAUGGAGGCAGGAGACAGCCUCUACUUCGGAGGCUGCCCCUCCUUGCCCUCGAGUGACUCGGGCUGUGAGAACCCCACAUUGGCGUUCCAGGGGUGCAUGCGUCUCUUCUCCAUCAACAGCCAGCCCAUGGACCUGAACCUGGUGCACCAAGGACGACUAGGAGACUACAAGGAGCUGCAGUUUGACACAUGUGGCAUCCAUGACAGAUGUCUGCCCAACUUCUGUGAACAUGGAGGGCAGUGUUCACAGUCCUGGAGCCACUUCUACUGCGACUGCUCUGGCACAGGAUACACUGGAGCCACCUGCCACAACUCCAUCUAUGAGGCAUCAUGUGAGGCCUACCGGCUGACUGGCAGCUCCUCAGGCCUCUUCUCCAUUGAUCCAGAUGGCAGUGGUCCUCUGGCGCCCACACAGGUCUACUGCAACAUGACAGAGAACAAGGUGUGGACAGUAGUGACCCACAACAGCACAGAUUCAGUCAGGGUCCAGGGUUCUACACUACAGAAGCCCUACAUUAUGAAGUUUAACUACAGCGCCUCACCUGAACAACUGAUGGCCCUCGUGGCCAGGUCAGAGCAGUGUCAACAGGAAGUAGUAUACAGCUGCAGGAAGUCCCGCCUCUUCAACACGUGGGAUGGCAGCCCGCUGUCCUGGUGGGUGGACCAGGGUGGAGAGAGACGGACCUACUGGGGAGGCUUCCUGCCAGGUGUUCAGCAGUGCUCCUGCAGCCUGGAUGAGAACUGCAUGGACAUGAACUACUUCUGCAACUGUGAUGCCGACACAGACUCAUGGGCUAAUGACACAGGAGUACUUUCCUACAAAGAGCACUUACCAGUGACUGAGAUCGUGAUUGGAGACACCAACAGAACUGGCUCUGAGGCGCUCUACAGAAUCGGCCCGCUGCGUUGUUAUGGCGACAAGUCUGUGUGGAAUGCAGCGUCCUUCUACCAGGAGUCAUCCUACCUGCACUUCCCCACCCUCCAGGCAGAGCUCAGCACUGACAUCUCCUUCUACUUCAAGACCAGCGCUCCCUCAGGAGUCUUCCUGGAGAACCUGGGCCUCAAGGACUUCAUUAGAGUGGAGCUCAGCUCUCCGUCCGUGGUGACGUUCUCCUUUGACGUGGGAAACGGGCCGGUGGACCUGGCCGUCAAGUCCCACGUGCCCCUGAAUGACAGGCAGUGGCACUAUGUGAGGGCGGAGCGCAGCGUGAAGGAGGCCUCACUGCAGGUGGACCAACUACCCAUGCGCUUCCUGGAAGCUCCAUCUGAGGGACACCUCCGCCUCCGGCUCAACAGCCAGCUGUUUGUAGGAGGAACGGCGGCUAGGCAGAGGGGCUUCUUGGGUUGCAUCAGAACUCUGACUCUAAACGGUGUGACCUUUAACCUGGAGGAGCGGGCUAAGAUGACCCCAGGGGUGAGCGCUGGCUGCCCUGGCCACUGCAGUGGCUCCAGCAGUCUCUGCCACAACAACGGGAGGUGCAUUGAGAAGAACAGCGGCUACGUCUGUGACUGCUCUCAGUCUGCCUACGGGGGGCCCUCCUGCAAGGAAGAGGUGUCUGUGUCGUUUAACAGAGAGUCGUCGGUGACCUACACCUUCCAGGAGCCUUUCUCUGUGAUGCAGAACAGGAGCUUCCAGGCCUCCAGUGUCUACAGAGAGAACAGCAGGGCCAGAGAGAACAUGGCUUUCAUCUUCAUGACCACACAGAGCCCUGCCAUGCUGCUCACUGUCAGCACCUUCAGCCAACAGUACAUAGCAGUUAUCCUGGCACGCAACGGGAGUCUACAGAUCUGGUACCAUCUCCAUGUGGACAGGAGGCCAGAUGUGUUCAGCCCCAGACCCUCCAGCCUGGCAGACGGACGCCUCCACCGUAUCAGAAUCCACCGUGAGGGAAAAGACGUCUACUUACAGAUCGACCAGGACAUCCACAGGAAGUACACCCUGUCAUCUGAUGCAGAGUUGAUCUUAAUCAGAUCCUUGACUUUGGGUAUAGUCGUCGGAGGUGAGAAUUUUGAUGAGGAAGUGAUGCAGGCAGGAUCUAAGGGCUUCAUUGGCUGCCUGUCCUCCGUCCAGUUCAAUCACAUGGCUCCACUGAAGGCAGCGCUACUGAACCGUGGCAGCUCAUUGGUCAGUGUACGGGGUCACCUGGUGGAGUCUAACUGUGGGGCUCCGGCUGACUCAACAACCUCACACCCACUCUCAGAUCAAGCUGCGAAAACAAACAAAGAUGUCAGCCGGCAUGACUCGGCAGUCAUAGGAGGUGUGGUGUCAGCAAUAGUCUUCAUCACUCUGUGUGUAGUGGCGGUGAUGACCCGUUUCCUGUACCAGCACCGGCAGGCCCGGAGAGACGCCAGCAUCAAGGAGAAGCACCAAACCAACCUGGAAACAGCCUACCGGAGAGAAGCAGCCUACCAGGCAGAACCAGCCUACCGGACAGAGUGCCACCUCCAUGACAGUCAUAGCUCCACCCUCAGGGACAACAGGGAGUACUACAUCUGACCACAGUGUCCAGCCAAGCCUUCUAGCCAUCGCCGCUUACCUCUCUUCUGUUUUGUCUAGCUGUCUGCACAGGAGGAGGCAGCCUUUUUCCUCCCUCCUCUGGGGUAGAAAAGAAGAAUUCCUUCUCCUUUAGGGAACUGUGGGAAUAUCCUGGUGGGGAAUUUCUUCCUGUUUCUGUGUAGAUACUCCCCCGUAGGACGGGACUUCUAGCUGCAAAUAUGUUGACCGGCCGGCUCACAAAUGGUGGUGAUGGGACAGGAAACAGUGCCAUAAGAAAUUGAAGCAUAUGGAUUUGGUGCAAUGGACUUAUCCAAUGACAGAAAUACAAAGAGCCUGGAAAGGUUAGAAUAGUCAAUGUUAUGGGAAGAGUGGGCAAUGUUAUGGGAAGAGUGGGCAAUGUUAUGGGAAGAGUGGGCAAUGUUAUGGGAAGAGUGGGCAAUGUUAUGGGAAGAGUGGGCAAUGUUAUGGGAAGAGUGGGCAAUGUUAUGGGAAGAGUGGGCAAUGUUAUGGGAAGAGUGGGCAAUGUUAUGGGAAGAGUGGGCAAUGUUAUGGGAAGAGUGGGCAAUGUUAUUGGAAGAGUGGGCAAUGUUAUGGGAAAAGUGGGCAAUGUUAUGGGAAAAGUGGGCAAUGUUAUGGGAAAAAGCCACAUUGGUGUAGAUGGCCAAGAUUAAACUAUCCCACUGUCGUGUGGGGAAGAAAUCUCCUGACGCACAGAAACUACACACAGAUGCACUUACUCCAUUUCAAAUACUUAAGAAAAGGACGAGAAGUUCAACAGCUUUCACAUCCUUGCCAUUGAUGUAAUACAGAGGGUCAAUACAGAGUGGCUUGCCUUCAGAGGGCAGGGAGACUAUUCAGCCACCAUUUUGAUGGCAAUUACAGUACCGCGGUGCAGUGCUCUGGGAAUGGUUGAAAAGGCUCAAUGCAAAGGCCAUCUUAGAUAACAUAAUAUUAAAUAACACAUUGGAGUAAGACAAGUAUUGUUUUACUGAUAUUGAUAAAGCAGUGAUUAAUUAAGAUUAAAUACAAAAAGUUAUAUAUUCAAAUUUCAUUAAAUCCCUAAAUAAAGCCAUUUAAAAAUUACAUCAAUACAAGAGACAGGUGCCUGGACCGGUUUCCUACAUUAUUCUUUGGAAAGUUCGAUUGAAAAUCAUUGUUCUUUCUGCCCAAUGUUCUUGAGGUUUCUAAGCCGUAGGCUAGGCUGCUUUGUAUUGCUGCAAGGAAGGGAAUGUAAAAAGAACCCAGCUGACUGGAACAUCUGCUAGCUGUCCCCUAGCAAGAGAGCCAACCUAUCACAUCCCACUCAAGUGGCUGCCGGCCAAGGGUUAGAAGAGUCUUCAAAGAGCUGCCAUAUACAAAGCUUUAGUUGUUCCUCAUCUUCUCAUAAACUCUUUGUCUUUUCUUUGUAUUUUUUAUUGUUUCGUUUAAAUUGUUUCCUCAAGCAACCAUUUGUUCUGUCACACCUUUGAUCCUGGUCAUGCAUUGGUGACCAUUUUAUAUCUUAUUUGAAGUUUGUAAUUCAUUGCUUUUGUACUGAUUGUUAACAGUAUCCCUGUGUUAGAUCUACAUUAUAAGGAGAUUAGUAUUUACUAGUAUUGGAUGAUGAAUGUGGAUGCUUAGCUUAGUUUUAUUUUCCACCUAAAACGAAGAGGGAAAGUAUCAUCAGUGUAAAAUAACCCAGUUUGACAGUUUAGAAACAAUAAAAACAGAGAAUGAAAAUUCAUACGUAAAACUCUUAUGAGCAACAAUUCAUACACACACGUCACAAAAUAAUAAGAUUGGCUGAGGUAUUGCCUGAAAACAUUUUUCUUUCAAAUUAAAGUGUCCUUGAAAGCAAGUUAUAAUUAACCUCUGAGACUCCUAUUUGUACUUGUUGAUAUUGUGAUUACUUUGAGGGCCAGUUUUGUAUGGCUAUAAUUGUACAGGUAUAUUAUGAAUAUAUGUUUAAUAAAACCAAACAUUCUUUUUGAAAAAUAA